UGACAUUUAUACUCAUAUGUAUAUCUUGUAAUCAGAUUUUAUUGUUUAACCAUGAAUAUGAGUCAAGAAUUAAAUUUGGUAAACUCAUUCAACACGUUACGGUUGACAUUAAAAAAUGAUCCAAGCAAUAUUGUGCAGAAUAAGAAUUUAACUAUAAUCAAAGAAAAAGGUACCAUUGAAGAAAUUUCAGAUACAAGACAAUUGCAAAUUGUAGAAAAGUCACUGUUAAGAAAUCAGUUGCCACAUUUAUUCAGUAGUUUCACAGAAUCAAUAAUAAAUCUAGUUUACCUUGAUUUAUCUGAUAACAGACUAAAUGAUUUACCAAAUUCUAUGAACAUUUUAAAAAAUUUGACGCAUCUAAGUCUAAUGAGUAAUGAGUUUCUUUAUCUUCCGAAUGUUGUGUGUGAAUUAAUUAGUUUGAAAACACUGAAAGCAAAUAACAAUUCUCUAAGGGAAGUUCCAAGUAAUUUAGAAAAUUUAUCAAAGUUGAAAGAGUUGGAUCUGAGUUUUAAUUUAUUAAAUAACUUACCAAGUUCUUAUGCAAACUUAUGUGAAUUAAGAAAUUUAUUUCUUAAUCGUAAUAACUUUAAAAGAAUCCCAAGUUGCAUUGCUGAUGGAAUAGAAAAUUUACAAAUAUUUCAUUUUUCACUAAAUUUUAAUGCAUACUUGAACGUGUUUCCCAAGAGCAGGAACUUGAACACAUUUUAUGCAGAAAACAACGGUAUUUGCCCCUUGUUUCCAAACUGGAUAUUGAGUUCAAAAUAUAACAAGCUUGAAACAGUAUCACUGAACAAUACGAAAUUUAAAGAAUUCAAUUUACCAGAAAACCUAACAGAAUCAUAUGUAAGGAAAUUAUACAUAAAGAAUUGCCAGCUCUUUAAUUCAAUAGUAGAAAAUAUAAUCACAGAAAUGACAAGUCUUGAAGAGCUGUUAAUUGGAAAUACCAAAUUUCUUUCUAAGAAUCAGUUUUGGUCUGUACCAAUUGAAAAGUUGAAAAAACCAUCUAGCCUGAAGAAACUUAAUGCCUGCAACACAGGAAUCUCAACAGUGCCUGAUAAUAUUGGCAAGUGUGUUAAUUUGUCUAUGAUAGACUUGAGCUGUAAUGACCUAUUUUGCUUACCCGAUGCAAUAUGUACAUUGAAAAAUUUGAAUAGUCUAAUAAUACAUAGAAAUCAGCUAACAACUCUCCCUGAGAACAUUGGAGAAUUAAUAUCACUAAAAGAAUUAAACGUGAGCUGUAAUCAUUUAUACAAAUUACCAGAGAGUAUAGAAGCUUUAAGUAACUUACAUUAUUUAGACCUAUUCGAUAAUGAAUUUGAAAUAGUACCAGAAAAGAUCAAGAGUCUAGCAAAUUUAGUAGGAGUGGAUCUUGAGCAAAACUACUUUUCAACUGACAAUUUAUCGCUCAAUAGGAAUACUUCUUAUGAAAAUAUGCGAAAUGAUUUGAGAGAACAUUGGCCAGAAGAGGGUAGAACAUACAAUGGAUGUAAGUCAUACUUAUUGGAACCAUGGUCAGACAACAACAGUGGAUCAGUUUCAUCAAGCACGACCACAGAUAGUUCAUCCGAACAUUGUUAUAAUUUUGGUUUGCCACCUGAAAACACAUCUAAUCAGUUCGCAAAUGAACACUGGGACACUUCGGAAGAUUCGGCUGAUGAAUUUGAUCCUCAUGAAAAUAGAGAACCAAGAAAGCAAACGUAUUCACCGUUUACGUUUUAUCGACCAUCACAGCUUCUAUAUUGUCCGGCUGAAUCCCAUCAGCCACGAAUAAUAUCCCGGGUUAGGAAAAUGUUAAAUGACGGAACUUUAGUUUGGUCGAAGAACUUCGAAGAAGGUCAAUUUGAAGAUUCUUAAAGUAAAUCACAGGAAACCAGUAUUUGAUUUUUAAUUUUAUCAGAAUAUCAGUUGUUAUAUCUACUGAAAACAUUGUUCUGUUUUAUUUAAAACAGAGAAAGUUAAGGGAUUACUGUUUUUGAUAAUAUUUAAGUAUGAAUAGAGUGUUAUAAGUUAGAUAAAGUAAAUAUUUAAAUAUUUUUAUUUAGAAUUCGUGUGUUCUAGGUUUAUUGAGAACUAAUAUUAUUUUAACAAAUGAUUUUUUCCAUUUGAAAGCAGAGUAUUUGUCAUUUAAUUAACUGUUUAUUAGUUGAUGUAACAUGAAUUUACGUUGACCGCUGAAUGAAUCUAGUAAAUAAUAUUUUUAAAUGAGUGAUUAAAUUAUACUGUGUUUAAUCCAAUUGUUAUAAACUUAUUUGUUCAGGCGGUUUCAAACAACAAACGUAAUAACACUAAUAAAGAAUGUGAUAUUGUAAUAAUUGAUCAGGGAUUUAAAUAUUGCUUUAAAGUAUAAUAUUACUUUACAUUGUGCAUACUACUGAUGAAAUAUCUUGCCGAGAUAUAUAAUAAUUUAAACAGGUUAUAAUUAUUUAUAGAAGUAUAAUAAUAGGUUUAAUUGAUAAUUUUAAUGGAGAUAUCAAAGUACAAAGACGAACAACAAAACUUAAAAAAUAUAAUAAAUUCAGUAAUAUAAAAUGCAAAAGAUAAUUUACACUGCCGUGUGUUAUAAAGAUAAUUUACACUGCCAUGUGUUAUAAAUUAUUAUUGUAUAAAUAGACACUUGUAAAGUCCAAUAAGCAUAUAUCUUUUAUAUGUUUUUCUUAUACCUCAUCUGUUUCAGAAUUUGUUUUAUUUCAA